AUGAUCCGGCUGCGCGGCUGGUGCGCGCGGAGGCCCCGCGGCGCAGCGGUGCCUGCGGGGCCCGCUGGGCUGCGCUGGGCGUCGGGCGGGCCUGCCGGCCGCGCCCUGCGGGUGCUGGUGGACAUGGACGGCGUGCUGGCCGACUUCGAGGGCGGCUUCCUCAGGAAGUUCCGCGCGCGCUUCCCCGACCAGCCCUUCAUCGCGCUGGAGGACCGGCGCGGCUUCUGGGUGUCGGAGCAGUACGACCGCCUGCAGCCCGGGCUGAGCGAGAAGGCCAUCAGCAUCUGGGAGUCGGAGAGUUUCUUCUUUGACCUCGAGCCUCUGCCAGGCGCUGUGGAGGCUGUGAAGCAGAUGGCCAACCUGGAGAGCACGGACGUCUUCAUCUGCACCAGCCCCAUCAAGAUGUACAAGUACUGUCCCUUCGAGAAGUACGCCUGGGUGGAGAAGCACUUCGGCCCUGACUUUCUGGACCAGAUCGUGCUGACCAGAGACAAGACCGUGGUCUCCGCCGACCUCCUCAUAGACGACCGGCUGGACGUCACAGGGGCCGAGCCGAACCCCCGCUGGGAGCACGUGCUCUUCACGGCCUGUCACAACCGGCAUAUGCGGCUGCAGCCCCCCGGCCGCAGGCUGCACUCAUGGGCAGACGACUGGAGGGCCGUCCUGGACAGCAAGCGGCCCCGCUGAGCUGGCUGAGCCCCGGCCCCGCGUGCUGCCCGGCCCGGCCUUACCUGCACCUCGGGGCAAGGCUGGCCCAGGGCCCUGGCCGGGACGCGGGCAGCCAGGCCGACCUCAGGCCUCCGGUCGGGGCGGAGCCCGGGGCGUUGUUCGGAGGGGACAGCCCUCCCCUCCCUCAGGGAAGCCCCCUCCCCGGCCAGCAGCCGCCUGGUCUGAGGGUGACGUAGGAGCAGGUGGGGACACCAGCCCCGCUCUGAACCACGGCCCCUGCUGCGCGGCGCCCAGGGGGUCUCCCCCGUGGACCUGCCCCGGAUCCCGCAAACACGGUGCCAGUUCUGGGCCAUGCCAGGCUCUGGGCCAGGGGUCCUCCCCGGGCCCCGCCUCUGACCGGCUAGAGGGCUCUGCCCACCCCCUCCCCCCGCUCUCCCCCCCACUGGA